AUGGACAUGGAUAAACCUACCGAAACGAUCGCCUUUGAUUUCGACCCCAUGGAUAUUGAUAAACCCACUGUAGCCGCCCCUAUCGAUUUCGACCCCAUGGAUAUUGAUGAACCCACUGCAGCCGCCGCUGUCGAUUUCGACCCCAUGGAGAUUGACGGACCAGCUGAAUUAAACACCGAUAGGACCCGUUCCGGAAAGAACGCAUUCGGUUGUCACUCCGAGUCCAUUAACCACCAAGACACCAAAGGGUGCCCAACUUCGCCAGACCUCGACAAAGUCGAAGUUUAUAGUCUCGAGCAGAUUGCUCGGGAUUAUCCCCCUCUCAGCUCCGAUGAGAGCUCCAGCGACGGCAUAGACGAGGACUCCGGCGGCAGCUCUGGUAAUGGCUCUGGUGACGGCAUGGACGAAGACUCCGGCUCUGGUGACGGCUCUGGCGACUGCAUGGACGAGGACUCCAGCGGCGGCUCUGGUGAUAGCUCCGGUGACGGCCCUAGUCCCGGCUUGGUUUCAGACUCGACUUCAAUAACAACAAGGUUAACCUAA